UUUCAAGCACAUCGCGGCUUUCAAUGAUGACCCUGCAGUUCAUGGCAUUCUUGUCCAGUUGCCCCUACCAAAGGAAUUCAAGGGCUUGAGAUCGUGAUGAUGUAUGUAUGUUUUUCUGUUGCAGCAUAUGAAUGAAGAAGACGUCUUGAAUGCUGUUAGCAUUGAGAAAGAUGUAGAUGGUUUCCACCCUUUGAAUAUUGGCAGGCUCUGCUGUAGGCCAAUCGAAUAUGGUGAGAGGGAGUUGGUUAAAGCCUGGUGCCGUCGUCAUUGAUGUUGGAAUCAAUGCUGUUGAGGAUGCAUCAUGCUCUCGAGGGUAUAAAUUGGUUGGGGAUGUUUGCUACGAGGAAGCCAGCAAAGUUGCAUCUGCAGUAACUCCAGUACCAGGGGGAGUUGGUCCAAUGACCAUAGCAAUGCUUCUUUCCAACCCAUCUAACAACUUUCCCAUGCCACCACGAGGAUCCACUCUGGUGACGACACUCUGUUUGAAGAAUAUCAAAAUUAUUGCACGGGGGAGAAUGCCAAUGGAGUGCAAGGAGGACAAGAACGAGAAGCAUAUAAUCAUAGUUCAAGCCAAACUCGAGCGAUGGAUAAAUGGAAUGGCAAGUAAACGGCCCAUCAGGAAACGGAAGAUGAUAAGCUUCUCUGUAUCCCCUCCGACGAACGUCCUCCCCCUCAGACCUUCUUCAGCCGCCGUUCCCGGCGAAAAGCAUUCUUCUAAUUUAUCGUCAUCCUUCAAACCCGCCGCUGAUUUCCAACCUCUGCAGCUAAAAACCGCUCUCCUCCGCCAACUCGAUGCCGGGAAUCUUCACAAAGCGGUCUCCACUCUUGACACGAUGGCCCAACAGGGGAACUAUCCAGACCUCGCCGCCUAUUCCCUUCUCCUCAAAUCCUGCAUUCGCUCCCACAACUUCCAGCUCGGCCGGACCGUUCACGAGAAUCUCUCCCGCUCCGGAAUUGAGCCCAACUCGGUCAUCCUCAACUCGUUGAUCAGCCUGUACGCGAAAUCCGGCGACUUGGAGAGAGCCGAUUCGAUAUUCGGGAGCAUGGGAGGGAAGAGGGAUGUGGUUUCAUGGAGCGCGAUGAUCUCUGGUUAUGCAAACAAUAAUGGGAUGGGAUUCGAAGCCAUUGCUGCGUUUGUAGAGAUGCUUGAAUCCGGGAUUUUCCCCAACGAUUACUGCUACUCCGCGGUGAUUAGGGCGUGUUCCAGUAAGGAGAUGUUACCCUUCGGCGAGGUGAUCUUCGGGUCGGUGUUGAAAACGGGGUACUUGGGUUCCGAUGUCUGCGUGGGUUGUGCGCUGAUUGACAUGUUUGUAAAGGGAGGUAAGGACUUGGAAUCUGCCUACCAGGUGUUUGAUAAAAUGCCUGAGAGAAAUGUGGUUACCUGGACGUUGAUGAUAACGAGGUUUCAGCAGCUGGGAUGUCCUAGAGAAGCCAUUGAAUUGUUCAUCUCAAUGGUUUCGAAUGGCUGCGUGCCAGAUCGUUUUACUCACAGUGGAGUGAUUUCUGCUUGUGCCGAGUUGGGUUUCUUAUCACCUGGCCAGCAGUUCCAUGCUUGGGUUAUAAAGUCAGGAUUGGCGUCAGACGUUUGCGUUGGAUGCAGCUUGAUCGAUAUGUAUGCGAAAUGCUCUCCAAACGGGGCGCUAAAUGUCUUAAAGGAAGUGUUCGACAGAAUUCAAGACCAUAACGUGAUGUCUUGGACCGCCAUCAUCACAGGCUACGUUCAGAGUGGAGCACACGACAUGGAAGCAAUCGAGCUCUUCCUCGAAAUGGUUCAAACCCGAAUUACCCCCAACCAGUACACUCUCUCUGCAGUUCUUAAAGCGUGUGCAAGCCUCUCCAAUCCACUAAUCGGCGAACAAGUUCACUCUUAUGCAAUGAAGCUUGGUCUUUCAGCAGUCGACUGUGUAGGCAACUCUCUCAUCACCAUGUACGCGCGAUCAGGGAACAUGGAACACGCCAGGAAAGCCUUUGAUGUCCUGUUUGUGAAAAAUCUGGUUUCUUACAACGCCAUGGUCGAUGCAUACUCCAAGAGCUCAAACUCCGAACAAGCAUUCGAGCUCCUGCACGAAAUCGAAACCGAAAUCGAUUCCUUCACAUUCGCCAGCCUAUUGAGUGGAGCUUCGAGCAUUGGCGCGAUAAGCAAAGGCGAGCAGAUCCAUGCCAGGAUCCUAAAAUCGAGCCUUGAACCGUGCCUUCACGUCUCCAACGCUCUAAUCUCCAUGUACUCCACCUGCGGGAGCAUAGAUUCCGCUUCCCAAGUCUUCAAUUCCAUGGCAGAUCGAAACGUCAUAUCCUGGACUUCGAUGGUGACAGGAUUUGCCAAACACGGAUUGGCAGCUAGAGCAUUGGAGACAUUCGACGAGAUGGUGAAAGCAGGAGUGAAGCCGAAUGAUGUGACUUACAUUGCAGUUCUAUCAGCUUGCAGCCAUGCAGGGUUGGUCUCAGAAGGAUGGUCACACUUCGAAUCGAUGAAGACCCAGCACGGUAUCAACCCCAGAAUGGAUCAUUACGCUUGUAUGGUCGACUUGUUAGGCCGAUCAGGGCAUCUAAACGAAGCCAUGGAGUUCAUCAACACAAUGCCAUUCAAGCCAGACCCUUUAGUCCUCCGAACACUCCUCGGAGCUUGCCAAGUACACAAAAGCACAGACCUCGGCAAGAAUGUUGCCGACAUGAUCAUCGAACAGGACCCCGACGAUCCAGCAGCAUACGUGCUGCUUUCUAACCUUUACGCAACAGCCGGGCAGUGGGACAAGGUGGCAGAGAUCAGGAAACAGAUGAAACAGAGGAACCUGGCCAAGGAAGCCGGCUGUAGCUGGGUCGAGGCGGAUAACUUGAUCCACAAGUUUCACGUCGGCGACACAUCACACAAACAAGCUUUCGAGAUCCACGAGGAACUGAACACGCUGGUCAAUGAGAUCAAAGAGAUGGGUUACGUUCCGAACACGGACUUCGUGCUCCAUGAUGUUGGGGAAGAAGAGAAGGAGAAGUAUUUGUUGCAGCACAGUGAGAAGAUUGCUGUGGCGUUUGGGUUCAUUGGUUCGGUUGGGUCUUCCAAACCGGUCAGGGUGUUCAAGAAUCUGCGGAUCUGUGGGGAUUGCCACGCGGCUUUCAAGUACUUCUCGGUGGCCCGGGCCAGAGAGAUUGUGGUCAGAGAUUCGAACCGAUUCCAUCAUUUCAAGAACGGGAGUUGCUCCUGCAAUGAUUAUUGGUGAAGUUUUGGGCCUCAAACCUGGUGUGGGCCUUAAAAAUGUUGGACCCCCCUGGGUUGGGCUAAUGGAGGAUGGGCUUAUGCUCGUCAAACUUUUACAAGGUCCAGCUAGAGAAAUCCUCCCAACAUGCCGCUUUUUGUUUCAGCACCAUAAAACCUGCCAAUUGUA